GAUUGGGUAGAAAAAUUACCAGUGGCACAAUACUGUUACAACAGUACACCUUCAGAAUCCACAGGGAUCACACCGUUCUACGCGAACUAUGGAUUCACACCAGAAGCAUUUAGACCACCACGAGAAGGGCCCAACUCCGAAAAAGCAAGACUGCAAGCAGAACUAAUGAUCGAUUUGCACGAAGAAAUGCGCACACAACUCGAAUUUAUCCGAGACAGAAUGAGAAAGUACGCAGACCAGGACAGAAUUGCAGGA